AUGUCGUUGGAACAUGAUGAUGAAUAUGCUCAGCUGAUGGCCGAGAAGGAUCGGCUCUUGGCUGCUUGCUUUGAAGGUGGCAGCAGCGGAAGUCAAACCGACUCUGCCGUCUCCGGCUUCCUGGCGCUCUUCGCAAACAGGGUUGAGAGCCCCGGGCCCGUGGAUGCCAACAACUCAGUGGAGCUACAGGCCAAACAGCCAGUGGCUAGAGUUGCCACGCCGCGACUGAGAACUGGGAAAGGCUGCGGGCACGCUGCGCCACCGGCAGCGCCACCCGCCGCAGCGCGCCACACCGAGCCACAGUCCGGGCACCCAGCAGAACCUGCUGCGAGCCUCGCCGAGCCAGAGUCCGGGCACCCAGAAGAACCUGCCGCAGCACCGGCAACGGAGCCAGAGUCCAAGCCGCCCGCAGCACCGGCAACGGAGCCACAGUCCAAGCCACUCGCAGCACCGGCAACAGAGCCACAAGAGCCACAGUCCAAGCCACCCGCGCCACCAGCACCGGCAAUGGAGCCGCCGCUCCAGCGGCACCCAGCACCUCGCCCCACAGCACGCAGAACCGAUCCGCAGUCCGGGCACCCAGCGCCACGCCCCACAGCACGCAGAACCGAGCCAGAGUCCAGCCACCCAGCGCGGCCAAGCAGUGCUGCUGCUGCUGCUGCUGUGAAGCAGGAGCCCGAUGAGGACGACAUCGACCGAGCGGCGCUGGGCAAAUGCAGAGACCCGCCCAAGCAACUCACCAAGGCGGCCGUGGACCGCAGACUCUACAGGAUCGUGCAGCCGAGAGCAAACGGGGAGUACAAGGUCCCGAAAGACGUUAUCGACACAUACAAGGACAAGGACCGCCGACCGACUUUGAUGUCCAUGUUCGAGAAACUCGGAUAUGAUCCAAAGCUCUUCGUGAAGAAGAUCAAGCACCUCUACGAGCGGGUCCACGAAAAGUGGGUUCAAACCGAUUAUGAGUUCAUGACGGAUGCUGACAUGGAGGCAGCUGGAUGGCACACCAAGCGCACGGUCUUCCAGGAAGCCUUGGAGGGCGAAGCUGACGCAGAUGCGGAUGAUAUGAUUGAAGAGAUGGAUGAGGAUUGUGACCCAGGUGAGCACGAGGAUGAUGGCGAGGGUCAGAUGGAGGCUGAGAGUGUCUCUUCCGAGAGUGAGAACGAAGACAGAGGGAAAAUCUUGAGAUCAAUCAAGUGCCCGGACAUCGAGACUGACCAGAAGCCUUCGGAGAUUUGCAGCCGGAUGGUGAAAAGUGCACAAGCGGUUGUCAAGAAAGUGAUGCUGGAGAAGUUGAUUGAGCUGGUGGGCUCAAUCUCAGGGUACGACGAUGAGAUGCAGCAGAAGCAGCUGCGCAAGAUGUUCAUCGAUGUGAAGAGCAGGCUCAUUGAGGCCAUGUGCACCGUUGAUCGUGCCAAGCUUCUUAUCUUGAAUGGUGCCAAUGUAACUUCGGGCGAUGUUGCUGCGCAAGAUCUCUCUGUGUUCGCGGAGAUGCUUGGCGAGGGCAAGGCUCUGUGGCUACUGUCCGGUGUUUCCGCGACCUCUGUGAAGCGAGGCUACACGGCUGCGCUAGGCAAGCCACCGCCUCCUCCUAAAGAGGAUGGGGGACAGCCAGCACCCAAGAAUGCUGAGCGGGAUGCUCACCGCCUGUUUUCAAGGCUUGGUCUGUCGCUCAAGCUGCCUAUUCGCACGAAGACAUUCGCUGUGGAUGAUGGAGAGGCAGUGGAGAUGCACUACAUCCGUAUCGCUGAUUGGGUAAAGUAUCUCUUGAAGACACCCAGCCUUCUGGCUGGCGCAGGAACUGAGAAGCUGGAGUCUCAGUGCCGUGCGUUUUGGACCAUGUACAAAUGGCACCACCCAGAUCACGUUGUAUUCCACAAUGAAGACAAGCUGUCUACUACGCUGCCCUUGCUGCUCUACGGGGAUGAAGGCAAAGAUCGAUCACGAAGGAGUCCAAUGGGUUGUUACGAGUACGAUGCUGAGCAGGUUACUUGUGACUGUGCUUCGGUCGUUGCGCCACUCCGCCAGGAAGUUCCCGACUGCUACGGUCCAGUGGCACAGCAGCCUGAAAGUGUUUUGGCUGCAAAGUUUGCUUCCACAGUCAAGAGGCACUCCUACUUGACUCGCCACGUCCUCUUCGGCAUACCAGACUUUGUCUACAAGGAUCAUCCAGAGAUCUAUCCUCUCAUGAUGGACCUGGUCGCUGCCGAAGCGCAAAGCCUCUUCGAAUCUGGACUAUUGAUAUCCAACAAGAGGUAUCACGUGGCGUUCAUUGGGUGCAAAGGCGACAUGAAGCACCAUGCUCAAGUCGUCUUCAACUUGAGAAGGUCCUAUGCACGGGUGACUGCAGCGGGUGACCAGGGCAUCUGCUCGAUGUGCCAAGCAGGAGAGAGUGGCUUCCCAUGGGAAGACAUCAGUUCCGACCCUUUGUGGUCCAGAACUAUGUAUGCGAGCAGACCAUGGGAUAUCGCUCCACCACUCUCCGCAGUGCCAUUCGAUGAAAGCGCACCAGAGCGCUUCAUCCGACUCGACCUUUUUCAUGUCGUGAAAGUCGGUAUCGCUCGCGACCUGGCAGGAGGCAUUGCGCUGCUGUGUCGUCUCAGCUUCUUCGAUGCUCCGGGCGACUACACCAACAUUAACGACCGACUGCACCGGGCACACGCUUCGUUCAAGCUUUGGCUGAGUGCGAACAAUGAAUCUGCUGCGCUUCGCUACUUCAGCCCUGCUUUGUUCAACCUGCAGAAGCGCCUGACAGACUUUGCUUGGACAAACACCAAGGCCUCGGACACAGUACUGCUGGUGCGGUACCUACACUGGUUCGUGUCGGUGGAGCUGACGAAUCCUUCGGAAUCUGGGAAGCAGCACCGAAAGCUGCUCCGACUGCUACAGUCGGCGACGAAGCAUCUUGGCACAGUCGCCUUAACUGAAUACUGA